AUAUAUUUAAGCGUCAUCGGGAAAUGUAGCCUACUAUAUUGUGACUCAAACACAAGCUGGUUUUCAGCAACAAACAUACUAACCUGAAGCCACAGCUCUGAGAUCAGUGACUGAACUGUAUUUUACAAUGGAAGAAUACGGCAAAGAAACCCAGUCGAGAGAGAGUAAAAGACGGGAACGUCAAGCAGCCUUGGAGAGCUCAGAUACUGACAAUGGCCUAUGUGGUUGGAUCAUAGUCGGCUUAUCCAUCCUUCUGAUGCUUGCAACUCUGCCUCUCUCCAUAUGGAUGUGUAUUAAGAUUGUGAAGGAGUAUGAGAGGGCCAUCAUCUUUCGCCUGGGGCGGAUCGUACGAGGAGGAGCCAAAGGGCCAGGCCUGUUCUUCAUCCUGCCCUGCACAGAUAGCUUCAUCAAUGUGGACAUGCGCACCAUCACCUUCGACAUCCCCCCACAAGAGGUUCUGACAAAGGACUCAGUGACGGUCAGUGUCGAUGGUGUGGUAUACUACCGUGUUCAGAAUGCCACCCUGGCUGUGGCCAACAUCACCAACGCUGACGCUGCCACCCGCCUCCUGGCACAAACCACCCUGAGAAACGUCCUGGGAACCAAGAACCUGGCUGAGAUCCUAUCUGACCGUAAUGAGAUCGCCCACAGCAUGCAGUCCACCCUGGAUGAUGCUACAGAUGACUGGGGUAUCAAGGUGGAGCGGGUGGAGAUAAAGGACGUCAAACUGCCUCAGCAGCUCCAGAGGGCCAUGGCAGCAGAGGCCGAGGCUAGCCGCGAGGCCAGGGCUAAGGUGAUCGCAGCGGAGGGGGAGGUGAACGCAUCACGGGCUCUGAAGGAGGCCUCCCUGGUAAUCGCUGAGUCUCCGUCUGGCCUACAGCUGCGCUACCUGCAGACGCUCAACACCAUUGCUGCCGAGAAGAACUCCACCAUCAUCUUCCCUCUGCCAAUGGACAUGAUGCAGGCCUUCAUGAAGAGAGACUGAGGAGAGCCUGAUGGGUGCUUUGUAAUUGCUGUUACACACACAUUCAAGAAACAAACGUUCACACAUAUAUCAUAGUGUGUUGCUUUGCGAAUCUGCUGUAGAAAUGUAGUGGCUGUGAUUGAGUGAACCAUUUCCCUUGUGCCAAAUGUUCUUAGGUCAAUGCCAGCUGGUGCAGAGGAGGAUAGUUAGAGAGCUUGCCUAAGCUUAUGCGUCAAAGAACUUAAUGUCACCAUUUUAUGUGUGUGUUAACGCAAUUAAAGUGAACAGAGAAACAGGGUUUGAACAAAACCAAAGGAAACUGAGUCACCAGCUCUACUGAGGUGUGGUGUUUCCUGCACUGCUAUGAGGCUGAGACCAGGAUGUACUAGGGACCCUGUUUGUCUGUCUCUAUGGGCAGAAACCUCUUUACUAUGGCCAUGUUAAACCUCUCAAGCCUUAAGUCAUUGCUAUGGGUCAGUGUACUAAUUUCAUGUCGUUUCUAUGCAUAUCUGGAUGGAAAUUGGAAAUGGAUUUUAAUAUUUUCAAAUAGCAGUAUUUUAUAACCACACUCAUGAGUGUGAAAGAAGCUACAUGUAAUUUGUAUGGGAUUUGGAAAUUGGUCCUGCAUUUUCUGAUAGCAUACUCAUGUAUUGCUAUAUUUCAAAAAUAUCAUCUUUGGAGAGUCCUGAUCAGUGUUUGUAUUGGCACAGAGUUUAGUGAUCGGUUCCAUCCAGAUCAAAGAUGUCUUUGAAUCAGAAAAGCACUGUGAUCAGAUGCUGUUACAGAUCCUAUACAGUAUAAAUUACUUUACUGUAUAAAACCUGGUAUGUGUUUUAUGUUUACUCUGCUGUUUGUGUAAAGGACAUUGUUCCCUUAUUAUGUAUGUUACUAAACUGCUCUGUUGUAGCCUAUUUUCAUCAUAUUGAAAUGAUUUCUUAUCAAGUUAGGGCUGGCCGAUAUAUUUGAGUUUGUGUUUUAGCACGAUGUGGAAAAUGCCUGUAUCGCAAUAAUCGAGGUUCUGUUUAAACGUAACGUUUUACAAAUGCA